AUGUUCGCUUGGACCGGCAACGGACACACCCAUUGGAUUGUCGGCGUCAUCGGCAUCUUCUUGUUGACGGUUGGCAUGUUCUUGCUUGUGCAGUCGAUCUUUGCCUAUCUGCCAGCGGCGUACCCGCAGUUUACUGCCUCGACGUUUGCCGGGAAUGAUUUCGUGCGCUCCUCGAUCGCAUUCGCUGCCGUGAUGUUUCCUCGUCCGAUGUACCGAUCGAUGGGCAUUGGACCCGGCACCAGCCUGCUCGGUGCUCUUACCGCCGCUUGCAUUGCCGGAUCUGCCAAGAAUUGA